AUGGGCCUGGACGAGCCUCUGGGGCCUCCUCCAAGGCGCUGCCCAGUGGGCGCAGGGAACCCCGACUCUCCCUGGCUGGGCCGGGCCCCCAAGCUGCCUGCUGGCCUGAGGAACUGCUGCCCACCCAAGGACCCACCAGGUCAGAGGCUCAUCAUCAGCCCCACCAACUCCCAAAGGCUGGUCCCUAAGGCCCAAGGGAUGCGACAUGGAGAUAUUGGAUGUGAGCCGACCAGCACGGGUCGGGUGUCUCCCCCUCCCCCAGAACAGAACCUCCCCACCAAGCCCCCAAAGCGUGUCCCAGCAGAAGCGCAGGUUCUCCAAGGGGAACGUGACCGUGCCCCAGCCCUGCCCUCCCAAGGGGACCGUGGGAACCGGCCGCUCUGCUGCUCUGACCCUUCGUUAACGGGAGCCCUUGUGUUUGGUGCCGUCCCCUCAGGCUUCGGCCCUUGCCCCCGGCCGGCCGCUGGCCCAGAGCUGCUGGGUGACACAGAGCUUGGGGCGCGUGGUGCUCCUGGAGACGCGGGGGCCGCGCACCUGGGGAAGCCCCGGGGAGCUUGUGCCCCUCGAGCUGGAAGUCUGGCUGGAGAGCGCCGAGGAUCCUGGGGCGUUCUGGAGGGGGGCUGUGCAGCCUUGGAGGUGGGGCUGUUUUUGAGGGCGUGCUCCUUGUCCCGGAAGCCAGGGCCUGGAACUCAGAGCGGGGAGCGUCCCCCUGAUGUCCGGAAGGGUUCCGCCCCUCGUGGGGUCCUGCUGGGGGCCGCUCCACGGUGA